AUGACUAAUCAGAAUAGUGCGAGUGUUGUAAUCAAUGCAGCAACAUACCCACGAAUAAUAAUUCAACCUGAUUGGUCUAGCAAUUUAAAACAGAAUAUGUUACCUGGGGAUGUUUGGUUUGAAUUUAAAGCAGGUACUGCUGAUGUAUCACGUAUAACACAAAAUAUCCAUGGCGUCUGCUCAAUCAAAGCCUUGCCAGAUCAAGAUGCUAAAGCUUAUAAAACAGUAGUAAGCGAUAGUUUUGAAUCAGUCGAUAUAGAUAGAAAACAACAACAAUUACGCAUUAAAAUGCGUGAUACAGAUUUUAGUCAUACAUUCUACGGACCAAUAAAAUCAUUUUCUACGACGAGUAAACAGAACGAUGAUGAAGUUAAUACUCAAUUACAUCCCUCAAUUCCUAUAUCUGAACUUCCUAAAACUGUAGCACAACAAGCAAAUGUCUCGGUUCAUCCUUAUUGGUUUGAUAUUAGUUCAGGUGGUGUUGGUUUAACAGCAUUAAGUAAUGGAAAAAUUACUAUUUGGGAUAUCGAGAACGGUGAAGUACGACGCCAAUUAAAAGGUCACGUUGAAGAUGUUUAUGUAAGUCGAUUUUUUCCAUCAGAUUUUGCUGUUGUAUCUGGUGGAGCUGAUAUGCGUGUUAGAAUUUGGUCACUUGAUAAUGACAAUAAGGACAUACGUGAUACAACAUUAAGCGGACAUCGUUCACGCAUAAAUGAUGUUCUUGCUCUUGAUCAACAACGAGUAUUAAGUGCAUCCAAUGACGGUUCUAUUAUUUUAUGGAAUGUAAAUAAAAAUGACAAGAUAAAUAAAAUAGUUCAAUUAGAUAAUGAUAGUAUUAAUAUUGUCAGUUCAAUUGAAUCCUCCUUAUUGGCUUGUGGUUGUAAUGGUGGUUCAAUUCGUUUUUAUAGUUUAAAUUCUAAAGAAAUGAUCAAUCAAGUUGAAAUUGGUUCACCUGUUAGUGGACUUUGUUUUAUAGCAGAAUCAAAUCAACUUAUUUAUGGUACGGAAAAAUCAGUAAUUGGUAUUUAUGAUAUACGUCAAUUAAAUGGUAUACCCAUUCAUGCGUGGAAAGAGCAAAGAGGAAGAAUAACAUCUAUUGUUCCAAGUAGAGACCACGGAGGUAUAUUAGUAACAACAACUGAUGGCAGUUGUUUUGAAUAUAAUAAAGAAGAAUUCAAAUCAAUAAUGGAUGUGUCAAAUAUUCAUGUUUGUGAUUUUACAGGUGCAGAUGAUUCCGUCCUAAAUGCUAAAGUAUUUAACAAUAGAAUUUACUCAAUAUGUCGUGAUGGUCUUAUACGUAUCUAUGAGAAUCUAGAAUAA